UCUCCUCUCUUUAAAAAAGUGCUGUUUGUGAUCCCGUGCGUAUCUUGCUAGAUCAAAAUGAAGUUAUCAGUUUUGUUCAUGCUUGUAUUUGUAAUUCUGAGUAAUGCUGGAUGUGAUGGCAGAGAACUGAGCUCCACCUUUCUAAUUAAGAGCCGUGUUGCAAACAAAAACGCUUGGUGUGGUGCUGAUGAGGGAAGCUGUUCAAAGUAUGCUCGUUCUCAUGGGUAUACACACGGAAACUGGGAAUGCUGCUCAAAAAAGUACUGUGUUGAUGUUACUUCUGAUUCAUUAAACUGUGGGAAAUGUGGGCAUGCAUGCGGUUAUGGGUUAAGCUGCUGUAAAGGAAAGUGCGUUGAUCUCAACACUGACAAAUCUCACUGCGGAAGUUGCUCCAACCGUUGUCAUCAUCAGAAGUGUGCGUUUGGUAUUUGUGGAUAUGCACACAGCUAGGGCUAUUUCACUCACAAAUCAAACAGGAAGGAACACUGAGGAGCUAAAAAAAUAAAUUCUCGUGUUCUGCACUCAAACUUAUUAUUCUUUAAUAGAUGGCUAAAUCUGCAGUCUUUUAGUAGUAUUGAGGCAUUGUUUUAGAAUAAGCGUUUCAGUACUAUGGAGGAAUUGUUUUAGAAUAAUGGUUUGCUAAGCUCAGAACCAUCAUUUGAUUGUAUUCAAGGCAGUAGCAAGUUGUUUAUUCCUUCAGUGCAGAAAAUUGAAUAAUAUGCUGAAAGCAAUACACAAUGGAUUCAAGUUGAGCUGUGAGAAUGAUUCACAGCCAGUGAAACGUAUUGUAGUAGAUCAAAGUAGUAAAUAAGGUGAUUGAGACUAUGGAAUUAUCUUAUAUCUUCUUUGUAAAUUCUGGAGAAUGAAUGUUUGGUU